AUGUCUGCCGCCAAGAGAAGCCCCCCCUUCAGAGCCGAGCACGUUGGCUCAUUGCUCCGUCCUGAUGAGCUUGUCCAGAAGCGUUACGCUGUGGCCGCUGGCAAGGCUGACGCUGAGGAAUUGAAGCCUAUUGAGGACAAGUCUGUCACUGAGGUUGUCAAGCUCCAGAAGGACUGUGGUUUCCAUGCUGUCUCGAGCGGCGAGUACACCAGAUCGCGGAAAGAUCAUAACAAGAACGAGCAAAUGAACGAAUUCUAA